AUGCUCUUUUUGAAAGCGUUUUUUCUUCUUAUCAUUGUGCUUUCCUCCACCGUCUAUUGCCUGAAACAGUGCACCGAACUCUUGCCCGGCCAGUUUACUUGUCUGGAACCGCGCAUUGAUCCGCUAACACAACAGCCGCAGCACUGUUCAAGAAUAAGUGGGCUAGCGGAAAGUAAGCAUACUGCUCGUGUAUAUUUAUGAUCUAGCUAAAUGUACAGUCGCACCGGGGAUCGUGUGUAAAGGCUUAAUAGACGUGGAUGGUUUUCGAUUCUUUAAGAAAAACAUCACCUGUCUGUGGACGUAAGGCCAUCUUUUUCGUCUAGCCUUCAUUCAGGAAUGGAUAUAAAUACGAAACUGCUCUGCUCCUUUCUAUUUUCGGGGGAGUCUUCGGACUUGACCGCUUUUACCUGGGUUACGUCGCUUUAGGUUUGUUCCGUUUGAAAGUUGCAUUCAUGUCCUCCUAGGCUGUCUGAAGAUGUGGACAGUUGGAGGGAUGGGUCUUUGGUACUUACUUGAUAUAAUUCUUCUGGUGAACAAUGUAAGUAGCUCAAAGCCUCCGAGCUUGCACGACUUCUGCUCUGUCUGAUUUGUUGCUUCUCUUCAUAUGCUCCCUUGAUGCGGUUGUGGGCGUGUACCAUCAUGCCCUCAAGGUUGUCGCGGACAAUUCCUCUCCGCGCUUGACGAUCUGCGACUGGGGAUCUAGUGAGCCCUAUCUGCCCUCUUUGUCACCCGCGGAGAUAUCCUACCAGAAAUUCAAAAUCUAAUUCUGUGCUCUGUUUUGAAGUAAUAGUCGACUUGGCCACUUCGUCACCUCUAGUUAUAUAGGGGCAUCGGUUUACGACAAAACACCACUGUAAUCUCCUCUUGAUAGCUGCCAGCACGCACAGCCUGCCUCAAGCAGGUCAAAUUUUGUUUAUCUAGCCGGACAGAUCGUCUCCGGUCAACAGCGGUCGAAAACUUUCGGGUUUUGAUUGCUCGAUGCGCACAGUUCAGUCGUCGUUUCAAUUGCAGAUCAUAAGGGCCUCUUCUAUAUCCGGGCCUUUACGGCUCAGGUGGCCUGUAAGUUUCAUCGAUUCGAGCGACAGUGUAGUCCCUGUGCGUUCGUUUGGCAACUGUGAACCGAGUCAUUUCAGUGACGCUUCUGUAUAAGCCUGCAAACUCUGCGACCUUUUCAUCCAGAACUACAUCGUGGAUGUCUUUUUACCGUGGUUCUUAUAGGAAGGUGUGGGAAGUAUAGUAAAAAUCCGUCAGUACGCAUUCUGAUAUGCAUUCCCUUAUAUCAUAAUGCUUUCUGACAGCGUGCUUUGAGGGUUUGAUUUGUCCACCGUUCCACCGGAUAUCAAAAAUAUGAUCUACACUUCGAAGUUAACUGACGCACCGCCGUCGUCUUCAUCAACGGCAACAGAACUCAUGUCAUGAAACAAGAAACCAGAUAAUGCACAGUAGAUAGCGAGAAUAGUGGAACGCGCCCUAUUAUACGAAAAUUUCCUUGUAACUUAGAAACUGUUCUCAAGACUAUAACCGUAGUGUCCAAAAAGAAUUACUGAUCUCGAACGAAUAGUUACUUUGGUCACUGUGGUAGGGACGGUUACUGGGGCCUUUUAAGUUGAUUAGAAGUGAUAACCUUUAGAGAAAAGCGUGAAUGUCAAAACAUCAAAAGCUGUAUCGAACUAACCGACUUGGUUUGUAGAACUGUAUUGUGUAUGUUCUCUCAGACAAACGAAUUAUAAGACGAAGUAUGCAAUAUAAGGUUUAUGAACUUCUUUACAUUAUCAUCGGGCUAAAUAUUUUCGAAGAGUUAAUAUCUAGAAAUGUGGUUACCAAUGACACGUAUGGUGUUAGGGAAAUUUUUAACAACACACAAGGAAGUGUUAGACAACAAUUCCUUUUUCGCGAGGCUUACAGUGCGGGAUAAGUUCAUCUGAUUCAAAAUAGUGAAGUUGCCAAAAAUGAAACUUAUAGGAUGACAUACUGAAAAGUCAGCCACGAAAGCCUUGAGCACACUAUCCGCUUCCGUAAAGUUUCCCUUUUUUGCUGGCAACCGUCGUGUCAGUGGAUACUCGGUUGAGUUAGCGUCCCCAGUCUAUUUUCGGAAAAAAAGUUCCUUUAUUUCACGGUUACCAAGCCUAUAGAAAGGACGUAGUUCAUGCUCGCGGAAUUUUUCGUUUGCGAGUGACCAUCCAGCCCUUACGUGUACGUUGUCACAAUUUUGAAACAAACAAGUUCAGAAUCGAAAUCCCAUGUUUAAUAUGCUCGUGGUCGAAUAAUUAAAAUUGUCUAUCAAGCUUCCUCCUUAAAAAGCGGCAUGUUAUAGAAUUUCGCAAAUGGAUGCUUGCGCCAACUAUAUUUUCCCACUAAUUUUUUUAGAGAGAGAGAAAAGCAGACAUUUCUCCGGACAUGCACUUAUCUGACCGAUACUGGGAUUGUUCUGUUAUCUUAUGACGAAGGCACCGUUCAUUAACCCUAUAGGUAUUGGAUUUGUGUCGCAAAAUAAGUGACUUGACUUCUGUUGCGUCUCUAGUCAAAAAAACGUCUUGGCCAUUUCGCGGUUACUUCUACGAUAUUCAUUUAUAUCCUGAAAUUACUCGUGUGAUAAUGUAAAAAAUGUUGAGCUUUAGAAAUCAUGAUUUUUAGGGACUGGGGCGCUUCUACUUUCUUGGGCAUAUAUGGAUUUGCACAUCCAGAUUCACUGGAUCUUCGUAGAUCCAAAAAUCAAGUUUCGAGUUCAGAAGACCUGUUUUCAUAAUAGUCUCUUGCUUAAACACUUGUGAGGCAUGUCUUGCAACAGUAACAUACGAAGUCGACUUGCCGUAAGGACUUUAUAUUUUAGCUUGGGAGUCCUGUUAUUUCCUAAAAUGACCUCGGAACGUAUUCUUAGUUGUGCUCUAAACUGGCUGUCCUACCGUUGACUCACUUGUGUCCAUGCUUUUGUAUAAAACAAGGUCAGUAAUUAUCAUCCAAAGAAUGACUCUCGGGCAAUCGGAGUCAAAAACGUCUAGUUUCCUUCCGUCUCAUACACAUCCAGCCCAGCAUUAAGUCGCAUUCAUCAUAUCUGCUCGUAAUAUGCUACAUCACGAUUAGGAUAGCACGAGGAGCCCAUGAGCUUAUGUGAGAGUCGACUAUACCCGUUCUGCCGUUAUCAUUGUCGUCAAUCAGCUAAUAAGUCAAAAUUUUUUAAACUAUCACCAAUAAAAGCUGGCCAGUCUGCUGAGGAGUUUGUCACGUAGUCUGGUCGACAGCAACUCCCAAAUUACAAAUCAGGUAAACUUAAUUCACAGGAUGGCCUGGAAAGACCAGGAACACCAGCUCGUCGGGCACGUGCUCGUUUUUUGGUUAGCAAUGAAGCAGGCUUCGCUCUUUCGGAGCUGUUGCAAGUUGUGCUCAACUCAGGUGAUCGCAAUAUUUCAACAGGUUUAUGUCAUAAACAUGUUCACUCCGCAAAAGAUAGGCCAUAUUCUUGCGUUCAACUCAGUGUGAAUCAGGAAAAGCGUUGUUGUGUUGAAGAAGAAGACACGAUUGCCGGGACAAGAGCUUUAUUAGCCUGACGUUUCGGAUUCCUGCUCUAUUGGCAAAGCAUUGUUGUCCAUGGUACCGCCGUGUUACAUUUGGUUGUUGAUCAUUUUAAAUUUGCGUUUCAGAAUCUUCAUCCUGCCGACCGUUCCAACCUCACUCACCCAUAUUACAACCCUGGGAUAGUCUAUCUCCGUGAUAGCAAUCUUCUAUAG